GGGCCAAGAGUUUCGGAUUCAGGAUUAUAACGGAUCCAGCCUGCCCCUGAGCCGAGUUAGGAUCCGGACGACGUCGUACUAAUUACAUGUUCUAAUUUUAUCGCAAGAUUACGCUGCUAUUUCUCUCAAAAUCCUCUGCCCCUCUCUCCCAGUCUGAGUGUGCAAGAGGGAUUAAUGCCCAAUUAUGCAGAGAUAAGAUUGCUCGGUGAUCAGGUUUUAUUACAACAUCUUUUGCUCAGUUGCACUCAAUUUGAUAGCUGAAGGUGAAAUUUUUAUGCUUUCUGAGGAUUCUUGAUUGGGUAUUAACUAUUUUGGAUACCUUGAGCUGGGUUUGGAUCAGGAUUCAUUACUUGUACUUCAUUGCUUCUGGGGUUUUAGGUUGUAUUGAGGUUUAAGUUUCUCUACCCCGCCAAUCUUUGUAUUGUUCUGCUGAAAAGGAUUGGAUUGAAUGCGUCAGCUGCUUAUGUUGCAGUAAUCCUGGUUUUUUGUUUUUUUUCUUUUUUUUUUUUGUCAUUUCUUGAUUACACUUUAUGAAUAACCCAUUGAAAUACCUUCCAAUCUUGUAGUCCUUCUCUGAAUCUCUUGUCGUUUUUGGAUUGAAUUGUUUAUAGCUUUCUGAAAAUCAUAUAUUUGGUUUUGAGUUCUUGAAAGAUUUUUCUCUUCGGUAAAGAAAACUUUGAACUUGAAUGGCUAAUCCACCACAACCGUCUCUUGGUUAUCCUCUAACUGUUACUCCCACAAACCCUGAUAAGUCAACACCUCAACCUGAGAAAACUCCAAUUUCUCCUUCCCCUCCAGUGCUACCUGGAGCCUCUAUCUUUCCUUCUCGUAAUUUGCAACAAGAUCAGAACUCUUCCCCCUCGAUCAAAACCCCAAAUUUACUAUCACCAUCCAAUGGGAUCAAAACUGGAAGUCCAAUUCCUCAUUUAAGCACUCCCCCAGGCCCUCCUGUUUUCACUUCACCAGUGAGGCCUGCUGCUGUGCCUUUCCGGACUUCUCCUGCAACACCUCAGCCAGUUGCUUUCUCAUCAGGAUCAUCGUUGCCAACAUCAUCACCACCCCAUUUCUCAGAUGGGUCACUUGAAUUGCAGCACCAAGUUCCCCUAGCAAUAGAGGAUUCAAUAUCUCUUGAGGAGUUACCACAUAUCUUGUUCUCUGCUCACAAGGUGUUGAAGCAGAAGAAACUUGCAAAUGUAUCCAGUUUGGGUUUUGGGGCAUUGAUUUCUCCUGGGAGGAAGAUUUCACCAGGUCCUCAGAUAAUACUGCGUGAUCCCCAUCGCUGCCAAAAUUGUGGAGCUUAUGCAAAUCUUUAUUGCAAAAUAUUACUUGGUUCAGGCCAGUGGCAAUGUGUGAUUUGCAGGAAAUUGAAUGGAAGUGAUGGUGAAUACAUAGCUCCAAGCAAAGAAGAUCUUCAUAACUUCCCAGAAAUGUCAUCAACCAUGGUUGACUAUGUUCAAACUGGGAACAAGAGACCUGGUUUUGUUCCAGUUUCUGAUUCCAGAAUGUCUGCACCCAUAGUUCUUGUUAUAGAUGACUGUUUGGAUGAACCACACCUGCAACAUUUGCAGAGCUCCUUGCAUGCGUUUGUUGAUUCACUUCCCCCAACAGCAAGAAUUGGAAUCAUAUUGUAUGGCCGCACAGUAUCAGUUUAUGAUUUUUCAGAGGAAUCAAUGGCAUCUGCUGAUGUACUUCCAGGUGAUAAAUCACCUUCUCAGGAAUCCUUGAAAGCAUUGAUCUAUGGAACUGGUGUGUACUUAUCACCAAUGCAUGCUUCAAAAGAAGUAGCACACCAAAUUUUUUCAUCACUAACACCAUAUAAAUUGAACAUUGCGGAAGCUUCAAGAGAUCGGUGCCUGGGUACUGCAGUUGAGGUUGCACUGGGUAUAAUUCAAGGACCAUCUGCAGAAAUGUCUCGAGGCAUAGUCAAAAGGGCUGGAGGUAAUAGCAGAAUUAUUGUCUGUGCUGGUGGACCUAGUACUUAUGGUCCUGGAUCAGUCCCUCAUUCUUUUAGUCACCCAAAUUAUCCUCAUAUGGAAAAGAUGGCAUUGAAAUGGAUGGAACAUCUGGGUUGUGAAGCUCAUCGACAGAAUACAGUGGUUGACCUUUUAUGUGCUGGAACAUGUCCUGUUAGAGUUCCAGUUUUGCAGCCUCUUGCAAAAGCUUCUGGGGGUGUUUUGGUUCUUCAUGAUGACUUUGGAGAAGCAUUUGGUGUAAACUUGCAAAGAGCAUCUACCAGGGCAUCGGGUUCCCAGGGAUUAUUGGAGAUUCGGUGUUCUGAUGAUAUUCUUAUUACUCAAGUUGUGGGUCCUGGUGAAGAGGCACAUAUAGACACUCAUGAAGCUUUCAAAAAUGAUGCUUCUCUCUCCAUUCAAAUGUUAAGUGUAGAAGAAACCCAGAGCUUUGCUCUCUCUAUGGAAACUAAAGGAGACAUCAAGACCGAUUGGGUAUUUUUCCAGUUUGCAAUUCAAUACUCAAGCCUUUAUCAAGCUGAUAUUUCAAGAGUUAUUACUGUCAGAUUGCCUACCGUUGAUAGUGUUUCAUCAUAUCUUGGAAGUGUUCAAGAUGAAGUAGCUGCAGUCCUUAUUGCCAAGAGGACUCUUUUGCGAGCCAAAAACUAUUCUGCUGCAAUUGAUAUGCGGGCGACAAUAGAUGAGAGAAUUAAAGAUAUUGCUUUGAAAUAUGGGUCCCAAUUACAGAAGUCAAAACUUUAUCGAUUCCCCAAGGAACUCUCAUUGUUGCCAGAGUUCCUUUUUCAUCUUAGAAGGGGACCACUUUUGGGGAACAUUGUUGGACAUGAAGAUGAGAGGUCUGUAUUACGGAAUUUGUUUCUCAAUGCAUCUUUUGAGCUUUCACUCCGUAUGGUAGCGCCUCGUUGUUUAAUGCAUCGGGAAGGGGGCACUUUUGAAGAAUUACCUGCUUAUGACCUGGCAAUGCAGUCUGAUACAGCUGUUGUUCUUGACCAGGGUACUGAUGUCUUCAUUUGGUUGGGUGCUGAAUUAGCUGCUGAUGAAGGAAGAAGUGCAGCUGCUUUGGCAGCUUGCAGAACAUUGGCUGAAGAGCUCACUGAAGUGCGAUUUCCAGCUCCUAGGAUCCUUGCAUUUAAGGAGGGGAGCUCUCAAUCUCGAUACUUUGUUUCUCGCCUCAUACCAGCACACAAGGAUCCUCCUUAUGAGCAGGAGGCAAGAUUUCCACAGCUUCGAUCUUUAACGACAGAACGGCGGACGAAGCUCAAAUGCAGCUUUAUUCACUUUGAUGAUCCUAGUUUCUGUGAGUGGAUGCGAAGCUUGAAAGUGGUGCCACCGGAACCAAGUUAAGUAGAUUACCGUUCUGCAAUUUAUCGACUGGUGUUCCUCCAGAAAAGAAAAGAAAAAAAAAAAAAACAAAGAAGAAAACUUCGGAGUUGCAUCCUGCUUUGGCCAGCGCAAGCCUGGCUUCUCUACUUCCAUUCUUUUCUUCUUUUUCUUCUUUGUUCAGUGGUUAAGAGGAUUUUGUUGGAUUUUUUAAUUUUUUACGUAGGGAAACAUCUAUACUUUCACCGCCAAAAGUUCUGAUAUUUUGUCAUCACAUUGAAUUGCUUUGAGGAAGCAAUAAAAAUUCCCUUGACCCA